UCUCUAUUAUUCUAUAUAUAAUAUCCUUUGCUUCCUAUUACUCUAUACAUCUCUCUUUCUCCUCCAUUUUUUUCUCUCUCUAGAGGAAGCCAUGGCAGCUUUCUCUCAUCGCGCUACUCAUCUUCUCACCAUCCUCUUUCUAUUGGUUUCCAUCGGUGCUGUCAUGGCAGACGGACCAUUUCCGUUCUUCGAGAAAGUGUGCGAAGAAGUGAACUGCGGGAAGGGAAAUUGCACGGCGGACGCCGGAUAUCCGUUCGGAUUCAUCUGCAACUGCGAUUCCGGCUGGAAGCGGACUCGCGACAACGACGACGAUCUCACCUUCCUCCCUUGCGUCAUUCCUAAUUGUUCUCUCAACUACGGCUGCCAGCCGGCGCCGCCGCCGGUGCCGGACAAGACCGUUCCCAGAAACUCCUCCUUCUUCGAUCCUUGCUACUGGGCUUACUGUGGAGAAGGAGAGUGUGUUAAGAACAAAACUUACACACACACAUGUUCAUGCAACCCUGGCUACUACAAUCUCCUCAACACCUCUGCCUUCCCUUGCUACAGUGAUUGUACAAUUGGAUCGGAUUGUGCAAAGCUUGGGAUUAAAGUUGCAAAUGUGAAUUCUACUGGUAAUGGAAAUGGUCGAGGCACAGGGCAAGGAAACUCCAUUGUACCAGGAAAGUUUCAGAGUGUGGCCAUGGCAAUCAUAUUUUCCAUGGCUAUGGAGCUUUGGAACUAGCAGCUCCUUCAACAUAUAAUAUAUAUAUAAUUGAUAUUCAUUAUGGUUGAUACUUUAGUUUCAUAUUAUUAUUCUUAUUAUAUUAUGUGUUGAGGGUUGCUUUUUUAUAUGUAAUAAAUAAAUAAAUGUCACUCGUCAUAUUGGAGGUGCUGUGCUUUUGUGUUAUGUUGUGUACAGAUAUUAUUGUACUAUAUUAUGAUCUAAUAUUUACUGGUUUUCUGUUUA